AUGGGCCGUUUAGGCAAAACUAAUCAGACGGAUAACAUUGAUGCUAAUACGUCUACAGUCGGUCUCUACGAUGUUUGUACUGUUGCACGCAUCGCUCCCCUUCUCGACGAAAAUAACGCCGACAAAUCUUCUCCAAAUUGGAAACUCAAGCCGAAAAGCAACGAACGGUUUCUCGCUCUUGCGUCUUCUUCGGAUCUUGCGGUGUUCACUUUGGGGGAGAAAACGGAAUACUCCUUCCACACUGGACUGGAAGGGGCUGUAACUGAAUUUGAGAUUCUUGGAAGUUCAGCGUUUUUUGUGGGUGUCAUCGAAAAACGUCGUGUCGUGAUUCUCUCAUUGGAAAAGCAAGAACUGUAUUUUAAUGAAGCUGCUCCACAUGAUAUCGAUUUUGUCUUCUGCAAUCCAACUCCUUCUGUUUGCUAUCUCACUUUCGGAAGUCGUUCUGGUGACUGGAGUACCGUAUUGUUGCAAGGAGAUGUCGCUUUCCCUAAAGAAAACAACCGAGUGGAAAAUUGGAAUACAGAUCAGAUUCAAGAGUACUUCCAACAGGCUAUGCAAAAGACAACUCAUAUGUCCAUUGGUAUUGAAAAUGUGCUUGGAGAUAUCACAGCGAUUUCGAAUGGUCCACUUCAAUCAUAUGCAUCUGUUCACAACUCUCAGGGACUUCACUGGUGCGGACUUGCGGAGUCACAAUUUUCUGUUAUCGGAAGAGAGAAAAAGUUUAUUCGAGUUCGCGACGGUGGUAGAUUCUCACUCCAUCUUGAUACAGAAGGAUGGAUUCAUACUUUCGAUCAGUUAACUUUUUCGUUCUGGGAUGAAUUUGAUUUGAAGAUGUCGGAAAAAGACCGAAUUCUUGACUUUGUUGUCAUCGACAAAAAUGAAGUUGAGGUUCCAAAGCUCUUCGCAAUCAUUGCAGUUCUGGAAAAGAAUGGAAGCCCGCAGAUGAUUAUCUACGAUCGUACCAAGCGAGAGAACUGUUUUUCACUGUCUUCUGCUAUUUCGACAACCCUAUUCGCUUAUGGAGGAAGUGACCGUGUUUUGAUGGCUGUGGAGGAGGUUGAAAACGAAGAUCCCGCUAAGCUAGAACAAAGUCGUAUUGUUGUUCGACAAGUGUCUCAGUCAAGACCGGAAAUGCGCUUCGAAUCUUUGCUCAAAAAUAAUAGGUUCGAAGAAGCCGAAAAGUUUGCCAUAACGUUUAAGUUAGAUGUCCAAAAAGUUUACAAGGGACAUGUUACUUAUCUUAUGGAUUCUUGCGAUCAAGAUGAGGAGUCAUUCGACGUUUUGAUGAAAACGAUGGGGCAAAUUCUUGAUCACAAUAUGGUUGCUGAAACUUAUUUCACUUUGGUCGGAAUGAGUCGUCGUUGUGAUAGAAUUCGCACCUAUUUGACUCAUGCAAAGAAACGUCGAAUCAGUGAUAUGGAUGUACUAAAGAUGAUUGAAUCAUUGUGCUACAUUUGGGGAACGUAUCGAAUCAUCACUGGUCCUGGCGAGAGUGACAACGCUCAAAGCAACGAAACUAUCUGGGAAUUGUUUGUUGAAGCAUUGCACGGUGGUAACCCAUGGGUGGAGAUGUAUAAUGAGUUCAUUACAGGCGCUAAAUUUACGCAAGCUCGUGUCAUUUUCAGUCGACAUGGAAAAAUGAUAAUUGACUAUUUGUGUUCUGAAGAGAAUGAUGUCGGCUCUCGACUUGAAGCUCUCUUCCGUAUGUUCACUGAUGCGAUUUCAGCAAACAUCAAAAAUUGGAGCAACGUAGUUGAGCAUGUUACAAUGGACAUUUUUCCUACAUGUCUCCUGAUUGCUGAGCAUCUAGUUCCAUGCCUUGAGAACCUCAUUUUGACCAUCAUCCCUCUUCUCGAGUAUCGCGACUCUUCGAACUGGCCAGAUAAUGCUAUUAAGGCGGCUAGCAGCUAUGAUACAAUGACAAAGUUGCUUGUCAGCAAUGGUAACACUCCAUCCAAUCAGUGCGUUCUUAUGUUGUAUGGAAGCAAGCUAAGCUCUUCAGUAGAUGUCGGAUCAUCAUCGAUUGUCCGAGUCAAGAAGAUGUAUUAUGAUUUGAUCGAACUCAAACGGCUCAAAGAAGUAUACGAAUGCUCGAUCAGCUUCACAAUCUUGCAGAAUCUGACUUCUGAAGGGAUAUGUCACAAAAUUCUUCAAAAUGCAUUGACCAAUCCAAACACAACGCAUGCGAAAAUCGAAAAGUUUGUUGUGCCUUUCAUGAUUGAACGUCACCUCGACCAAGAACAAACUAUUGUGAAUUACAUCCAGAUGAUGUCUGGUGCAUCCGUUUCAAAAGCAAACAUGUUUGGAUGGGAGAAGCAAUGUGUUCAGUUGUGUGCCAGUUUGAGAGAUGAAACUCGUCGAUGCUGCUCAAUCAUUUCUAUCGCUUCAAAUGCUAAAAUUCCAUGGCCUACUGAGUUGAACGAAGCUGUAGAGAAGAUUCUAGCCAGCCGAACACUCCUGAGAGCCGAAAUCGAAGAAAUGCAAAUGGUAUGCAAACGAACUGAAUUGUACAAAAUGCUGUCAUCGUAUGGAUACAGUCGGCAUGAUAUCGACUUGCUCACAUCAAAUGAUUCUAAUAUGGACGUCAUCAUGACUAUUCGCUGUAUGCUCGCCCAACGGGAGAAGACAUCACGAUUCGUGGAUAUAAUCAAACUUCUGGAUUUGUUGCGAGCUAUGCAAGGCUGCAAAAAUAUCAAUUCUGCAAAAAUUGAAUACAUUCAAGCAUUUGCUGUCAUCCACAUGAUAUGUCAUGAAGACGUUACAACAUCCAUCAUCAACUACAUUGACAGUCUCGGAGAUCGCGAACGUUUAAAAACGAUCAGAUUGGUCUUUUCUUUCAUCGAAAGUGUAGCCAAUACACCUGCAAUCGGAGAAAAUGUCCAUGAAAGAGAAAAAACGUUAGGAGUUGGAGAAGAACUGCUUUCGUAUUAUGUGUGUCGGGAUAAUGAGUUCAACGAUCCGGAGAGAAAGUUAAAAGACGAUCUCGUUCUUCUGCGGGAGGUCCAGCAGAACGAGACCAAAGCUGUAUUGUUGUCAGAUUUUCAUGAUGAAGAUUGGCAGAGACAAUUUUUGGAAAAGUUGAUCCAGCUCGAUACUACUAUGAGUGUGGUAACAACAAUGAAUGUGAAGUUUCAAAAUGUAUUUAAGCUUUUUCAGAAGCUCAACAAGUGCAACUACAUGGGGAUUCCAACAGAGUAUCUCCUGGAACUAAUUCUGACCAAAGCCAUUGCUGAGAGUGACACCGACAGAGUUAUGGAUAGCUUGAUUAGUUAUGUUGAGUUCAUCAGUCCAUGGACAGAUGCUACUCGAGAUAUGCUGGAACCGAUUGUGCAAGCGCUGAGCUGGAUUACUUUCCGGAUUCCAGAACUAUUGCCACAUGAGACUGAAGUGGCUCGUGCAGAUUAUGUUAGUCCAGUGUUUCGUCAAGAUCUCAAUUAUUUCAUUUCCAUUCAGAUAGCAUUUGUUGUUAAACGUUUGGGUCGUGUUGUACGGGAAACCAUUCGUCGCUUCCCGUUUGAUAUCAUUAGUGAUGAUCUGGAUUAUCUUCUUCAACUGGAAGCAUUCUUCAAUCUUGGUGAACACAUCAUCAAACAGUCUCUUCGUGGGCAGGAGAACGAAAACGACAAACAGGAACUAUUCCGAGCAGGAGAAACGGCAACGUUACCCAUUGGAACUUCAGAGUCAUCGACAGACAUUUCUUCUCAAUCGAAAAUUCGUCUCUUUGAAUUCAAGAAACCACUCGGAACCUACGAUUUCUCAUGUGAACCAGCUUUAUUUGAAGGAGUACAAGGUGUUAUUGCUCUUUCACAAGUAGCACCUUCUGUUGCACGUCCAUAUGAGUCCGAUAUUACUCCAGAAGAUGCGAAUGAUUUUCGAGGAAACUGGGAGCAACUGAAUAUGUUCCUUGCCAUGCAUUCACAAGAUCUUCUGGAUGUAUCAGCUCGAGUGUUCGCUGGAUCACUUAAUUGUUGGGCAGGCGAAUAUUCGCAGAGCGUCCUCGACAUCGAGCAGCCUGUGCUAUCCAUUGUGGAGCGCAUGUUGCAACAGAAAAAGUUUGACUUCUGGCACGCAGUUACGCUCCUCGGUGGAAUCCCGGCUGAUCGUCUCGACAAAGCUGUUCUGGAGCUGCAAAGAAAACCAGGACUUCGCAGUUCUACCAAAGCCUUACUUCAGUAUCUACAGUUGGCAUUUGUUAUAAGCAUUUUAUCUCGGAACAUGGAGAAGAUUCCACAAAUCAUAUCAUUCUAUGAGCAGAAAUUCUUGGUGAAGAAGCUUGCAGAAGAAGGCAUUCGUGUAUCCAUAAACACUGACUUCGUGGACAAAGUUCUUCAACAAGCCGUCGAUCUUCGGCAACCGCUAUCACCGUUACGACUUCAUGAUUACGUAAAAAAGUAUGUCGAGAUCCUAUCUCGAAAUGCAAAGAUCAAAGUUGGAGAGUAUAUGGUCCGAUAUGCUACACUCCUUAUUCGCAAGGCUUCUGCAGCUGGGAGACUGACCGACGAAGAGAUUCGCAAAGAAGAAAUUGAGAAAUUCAUAGAGUUGGCUAGACUUUCUCUCAGAAUUGCUGUCGAAGAAAAUGCAUCGUGCAUCUGCAAUUAUUUGCACUGUCUACUUUACAUCGUAUGCCCUUAUAACUAUGAAGUUAUUCAAUUCAUUGUUUCAUCGUUCGGACAGUACGCCUCAGAAGGGUCGGAGAUCACAUUCGAGAAGAACUUGAAAUCUGUAAUAAUCAUGGACUUCUUAUGGACAUAUAGGCGUACUAACCACAUCAGCAACGAGGAGUCUAUUUGGUUCACCAAAAGAGAAGGAAUUCUGGUGAAAGACGAGAAAGAAUAUGAGAAAUCAGGUCGAUUCCUUGAACCUUUUGGCCAUUCGCAACGACUUGUGUAUGAGGAUGAUGGAAGUCAGAUGAAUGACUUCUCAGGCUCCGACUCGUCUUACCAACCCGAUGCCAUGGUGUACGAAAGAAACAGUGUCAUAAUUAGUGAUAUGCCAAAAACAGCUAUGCUACAUCUACCUUUCCAUGCGUUCCUUUUACGAAAAAGGGAAGACGCUGAUGAAACAGUGAGGAAAAUAGUCAUAGCAGAACUCUCAAUCUUCAAUGUCCCAAUUUGGCAAGCAUUUCUUCGGGAAGUUAGCUGGCUGACCAAACACUUCUCUCGUUCUCAGCUUCUUUCUUGUGCUAUUUUCGCUCACGCUAACAAAUAUGCAAUUUUCGGUAAAAGUUUACCUGAAGGAGAACGCAAAACCAUCCAUCAUCUGUUGAAUUCGGCUUCCCAGCGUGGGACGGUCGUCUCCACUAUCGCACUUCUGUUCAAGAAAAUCAUUCUCAGUGAUGUCAAAAUCGAGCUACUGCAAAUGGGAGUGGACAUUUCUGAGCGUUGGACUGCUGAUUUGACAGGAGAAGAGCGUGAAGAUAUGGAGGAACAAAGUGCACGAUUGAAGGAUGGAAUUGCGAAGUUCUUCACUGAACUUGAGCUCAAAAAGAAUGGAAUUUACAAUGAAAGAACAGCUGACAAUAUUGAAAACGUUCGCGAGCUCUGUUCACUGAUUUAUGAUCAUAUGAUUUCAUGGGAUAACUCUACCGAUGUUGCCAAAAAAUGUCGUGUUGUGGAGAGAAUCGCCAAAGCAAAUGACCUUAAUCUCGUUUCACUGCACGAACAACUGGUAUUUGCUUGGAUCGAAGAUACGGAAUCAACUGCUCCACUCUGCCACGUGGACAUGAAUGAGUCGAUUGGUGGUACGUCGUUCACAGAUCAAAAAGAAGAGCAAGACGCUCCGAAUGAGGUGCGAAUCCCAAUUUUCGAUCCAGCGCUGGACAAGAUAGUCGUUCUUUGUCAGCGUUUGGACAAGAAACGUCUGAUGAGAAGGCUCGGGAACAUAAUUUUGAAAGGAGGUCGGAAAGCUGUUGGCGGGUUCACUGCAGUCACCCGAGCCGCCUGUAUUAUACUUCGUUCCUUCACUGACAAAGAUGUUUCCGAUUUUGCAGCAGAUUUGGACUUGAUGAGAAUCUGCGGAAUAUUGGAGACUCAACUCAACGAGCGUUUAUUCGAUAAAGCCGAAAUGAAAUGUGACGAAAAGACGGAUAAAAUGCAGCUCAUCAAAACUCUUCUUCAAUGCCCGUCGCGUACUCAACCGAUGACUGCCCUCAUUGCAUGUCUUAUCAUUGACCACGAAUUCAAGGAUCCCAAGAGUAUCGAUCAAGUGAUGGCUCGUCUUCAAAUAACAAAGCAAUGGGAUACUCUGCGUGGUCUUCUCAACUACGUUAGUUCAAACCAGAUGGAUUCGUUGAUCCGUUCGUUCCCAUUACUUUGGUUCCGUGUUUACGAGAAUGCACUCUUUGAAAUAAACGGUGGUCCAAUUAUGAAUCCAAACUGGAGCUAUGAGCAAUGUGUGAUGCUUCGGAAGUGGACUCUUUGGGCGAUGAGUAGCAAUGUAGAAGGAGGACGUUUGCCGAAUAUUGCUCGAUAUCUUCGUGAGCUCAAUUGUCCUGUCAGCGCCUCCAUCAUGUCUGUUCUCUCGAGCUGGACCAUUGAAAAAAUGGAUGAUGUAGACAACACCAAGUUAGACGAAUCCCGGGAUCUUGGCCUCGGAUGGAAUCUUGAAGGAGAUGUUGCAAGUGCAAACUGCUCCAAUGCUUAG